AUGUUGAAGGUCGCUGCGACCGGUACACCGCCAAAGAAGGCUACGAAGAAGAAUGUGAAGCCUUCGAGCCUGUGUUACACACCACCAGCAUUUAUUCGGGAUAAGAAGAAGGGUACGGAGUAUGCAAGAUCUGGGCUGCUUGGGGAAGGUGGAUUUGCUAGAUGUUUUGAAGUGUGCGACGAAGAUGGCCGACAAUAUGCAGCCAAAGUCGUUGCGAAAGCUUCGCUGGACACGCCCAAGACGAAAAACAAGCUACUCGGUGAGAUGAAAGUACAUCAAAGCAUGUCCCACCCAAACAUCGUCAAUUUCGUCGACUGUUUUGAGGACGAUACAAACGUCUACUUCAUCCUCGAGAUGUGCUCAAACCGAACCCUCAUGGACAUGCUCCGCAAACGAAAGCGAUUCACCGAGCCCGAAGCACGAUACUACCUCCUUCAGCUCCUCGGCGCCUGCAAAUACAUGCACGGACGUCGUGUGAUUCACCGCGACUUGAAGUUGGGUAACUUGUUUUUGGACGCCAACAUGAACCUUAAGGUUGGAGAUUUUGGAUUGGCCGCGUUGUUGGUCAGUGAUGAUGAAAGGAAGAAGACGAUCUGUGGAACACCAAACUACAUUGCGCCGGAGGUGCUAUUCCAUAGUGGAAGUGCUGGGGAGGGUCACAGUUUCGAGGCUGAUCUGUGGUCUGUUGGUGUGAUCUUGUAUGCUAUGCUGGUUGGCAAGCCGCCUUUCCAGUCCAAGGACGUCAAAGCUAUUUACAGAAAGAUCAAGGCGAACCAGUAUGAGUUCCCGGAGGAGAACCCUAUCUCACCGGAAGCGCGGGACCUUAUCGAAUCUCUUCUCACGCCUGAUCCGACAGACCGUCCUUCCCUCGACGAGAUCGCUGAUCAUGUAUGGUUUCAUAUGGGUAUCAUGCCAAGAUCAAUUCCCGUCGAAGCUACUGAAGUCGAGCCAGCAUGGAAAGAGAUGUCGAGCACCCGAGCUCGUGCGAAUUGGCUCGCCGUUGCGCAGGACGCAGGUGUUGGACCGAACAGCGGCAACGGCGAUACGGUAGCGCGGGAAGCCGGGAAGUCUGUCGGUAUGGUGAAGAUGGGAUCGAUGGGCGUGGAGGGUACCCCGAUUAAGGAGGAGGAGAGAAUAUUGCCGGCGGAGAUGAGCCCGAGAAACCCACCGGGAAGUUUGAGGAAGAACACGGCGAAGAUCGCGGCGGCGCAUAUGGCCACGUCAAGAGCGCUCAGGACGAGGCUGAAUUUGAGACCAGAACGGAUGGUCGCAAGUGGACCGUUUUCUGAGGAGGAUGACGAGGAGAAGGAUGUGAAGACGAUGACGAGGAGUACCAGGAAACUGAAUCUUGAUGCACCUCUGAGAGCAGCGAAGAAGCCUGUCAGUGGGCCGUUUUCGGAGGAGAAUGCGAUGGAGGAGGUACGGGUUAAGGCUGAGCAGAGGGAACCACGGAGGAUGGGAACACUGGGCGCCCCAGCACGAGCGCCUGGACUUGGAGCACCAACGAGGCCGGGGACGAGGUCGGCGUCGAGGAUGUCGGCUGCACCUGCGCCGAGUCAAACAGCUGUUUCUCCACCGAUGUCCGUAUCAGCAGAGAGGGAACCGGCGGUUGUGAAGACGGAAAGCACAGGAAUGAGGCUCAUCGCUGAGAACCUUUCCAUGGCGUACCAGAGCAAUGGAGACAACCUGCCACCAUCUUUCCAUGUCGUCUGUCAGGAGAAGCCACUAUUCAUCACCAAGUGGGUGGACUUCUCUGACAAAUAUGGCCUUGGUUACCAGUUGCUGAACAGCAGUUACGGCGUCUACUGGAACGACUCUACCACUAUCAUCCUUGCCGCGGAUGAGUAUCACUUCGACUACAUCAGGCAGAACGCGGUUUACGACCAGGAUCCUGCGCUUCUGCCUCGUGAGAAUUUCGACCUGGACCAUUUCCCGAAACAUGAUGAUGGCCUGGCGAAGAAGGUAUCACUUUUGGCGCAUUUCCGGAGUUACAUGACGCAGCUCUUGAAGAAGUCAGAGAUGACUUGGAGGGAACAGCAGCAGAUCACUGGCAUGCCAUUCUUGCAGAAUUACCUUCGUGCCAGGCAAGCCAUUCUAUUCAGGUUGAGUAAUGGGGAUGUUCAAUGCAACUUCUUCCAAGACCAUUCGAAGCUGCUCUUGAGUGACCACGGCAGGACGCUGCGCUACAUCAGCGGCCGGAACAGUGGUCACUACACCUGGAGUGUUGCAGAAGCGAUGAAGCAGAAAGACUGUCCCGAGGUCCCGAGAUAUAUUAAGUUUAUUAGCGAGACGCUUUUGAAGUGGGAUGAACAAUCGAAGAAGGUUGCGGGGGUUAGCCAGAGGUGA